GGCGCCGCACCUCCCUCUGCAGCGGCGCCCGCCCCGGGGCACCUGCCGGGCCGCCGCAGCCAUGAACCCGCUCUUCGGCCCCAACCUCUUCCUGCUGCAGCAGGAGCAGCAGGGCCUGGCCGAGGCGGAGCCGCUGCUGCAGCCGCUGGCGCUGGCGGGCGAGGCGGCGGCCGGGCCGGACGUGCUGGGCGCGGAGCAGCCGCCGCUGCCGCCGCCGCCCGCGGCCAUGGCGCUGCGCAACGACCUGGGCUCCAACAUCCACGUGCUGAAGACGCUGAACCUGCGCUUCCGCUGCUUCCUGGCCAAGGUGCACGAGCUGGAGCGCCGCAACCGGCAGCUGGAGAAGCAGCUGCAGCAGGCGCUGGGCCGCCCCGCCGCCGCCGCCGCCCCGCGCCGGGACCAAGCCGUGCAGACCGGCCCCGGCCCCGCGCCGCCCGCCCGUCCCCUCGCGCUGGGGCUGGGCUCGGGCCCCGGCAGCGCCCGGCCCCUGCCCUUCCGCGCCCUGGGCUCGCCCGGCUGCCACCCCGGCGCCCCGCUGCCGCCGCCGCCCGCCGCGCGCCUCCUGCCCGGCACCAUCUGGUCCUUCUCGCAGGCGCGCCGGCUCGGGCCCGGCGCCGAGCCCACGCUGCUGCAGGGGCCCGGCGUGUCCUGGGUGCACCCCGACGGCGUAGGCGUGCAGAUCGACACCAUCACGCCCGAGAUCCGCGCCCUCUACAACGUGCUGGCCAAGGUCAAGCGGGAGCGCGAUGAGUACAAGCGCAGGUGGGAAGAGGAGUAUACUAUGCGUGUCCAGCUUCAGGACCAAGUGACUGAGCUGCAUGAGGAAGCUCAGGAAGCCGAAGCUUGCCAAGAAGAACUGGCCUUAAAGGUGGAGCAGCUCAAGGCAGAGCUGGUUGUAUUCAAGGGACUGAUGAGCAAUAACAUCACGGAGCUGGAUACCAAGAUCCAGGAGAAGGCCAUGAAGGUGGACAUGGAUAUCUGCCGGCGAAUUGACAUCACGGCCAAGUUGUGCGACGUGGCACAGCAGCGCAACUGUGAGGACAUGAUCAAGAUGUUUCAGAAGCAGCUGGUUAGUUUCAUUCAGUUGAGAAAAAUGUACAAAUUAGAAACUUUCUAUAAAAUAAAGUCUCUGCACUUGUCUCCCAUUAAGGUCCCAGGCGCAGCUGGGCGGAAGCGAGAGCGGAAGCAGGUCAGCGAUGAGGACACUUCACUGUCUGAGAGUGACACCUCCAGGAAGCCUGAAGAUGGGGAAGAUGAGACCACAGCCAUGAGCAUUAAUGAAGAGAUGCAGAGGAUGCUGAAUCAGCUGCGGGAGUAUGACUUUGAGGAUGACUGUGACAGCCUCACAUGGGAGGAGACUGAGGAAACGCUGCUGCUCUGGGAGGAUUUCUCUGGAUAUGCAAUUGCAGCUGCAGAGGCACAGAGCGAGCAGCAGGAUGACAGUCUAGAGAAGGUGAUUAAGGACACAGAGUCUCUCUUCAAGAGCCGUGAGAAGGAGUAUCAGGAAACCAUCGACCAAAUUGAGCUGGAGCUGGCCACAGCAAAGAAUGACAUGAACCGACAUUUACAUGAGUACAUGGAAAUGUGCAGCAUGAAGCGUGGGCUGGAUGUGCAGAUGGAGACCUGCCGCCGGCUCAUCACCCAGUCUGGGGACAGAAAGUCUCCUGCUUUCACUCCAGUCUCAAACAGUGAAUCAACCCCAAACGAAGAAACAGAGGAGUCUGAUCGUGACCCCCCAAGUGAAGCCUCCAUCAGAUAAUUAGGAAGGCCCCAUCCCUUUGCCACCUUCUUGGCAAGGGAGAGGGUGGGGGUGUCUGAGCCAUGGCUUGGAGCAACUGACAGGAAUGUGGAACUGCCAUCAGGACUCUUGUCACCAAACCCCUCCUGACUCAGGCCAGGCGGGGGAUUCACCCCAAAAGGACAUGUAAGUGGGAAUAACUAGAUAGAUGUGAGGGCCCUCGUGUGGGGCCCCCUCCAGUUCCCUCUGUAUUCCCUUCUCCUGCUUUGAUUCUUCUGGGGUUCAGGAAGGGAGGAUCCCACUUCACUAUAGCAGCAUCCCUGGGACUAGGGUUCCUGGGACCUCCCAACCCCAAGUCAUCUGGCCCCUGUCCUGGUAUACUUGACCUGGCUCCCCUGCUCCCUUUGUGCUGCACAGAAGCAGAACCGGAGCUGUGCCUCUCCGCAAACUGGACCUUAUACUGGUGCCAACUGGACUGAGUGCUGGGCUCCCUGCCCUCCCUGUUCACUGAACACUCACAACAUCCCUAUGCCACCCUGCACAAGGGGCUCGGGAGUCUCUUCUCUCUUCGGGGACAUUGGCUUGACCACCCCACCCCUUCCAUGCACUUUGCUUUGCUGCGCAUUUGUGGUGCAAUGACACGUGUACGUGUUUGUGACAGAAACAAGGAACCAUUAAAUGGGAUAGUUCCCUUUUCUA